UGAGUGACUGUGCAUGUUUUGUCCACAGGGAGGAGAGCUUCAAGUACCAACUCCAGGAUGAAGAUCAAGGAUGCAAAGAAGCCAUCUUUCCCAUGGUUUGGCAUGGACAUUGGUGGCACACUAGUGAAGCUAGCCUAUUUUGAACCCAUUGACAUUACAGCUGAAGAAGAGCAAGAGGAAGUGGAAAGCUUGAAGAGUAUACGUAAAUAUCUGACUUCCAAUAUAGCCUAUGGCUCCACUGGCAUACGGGAUGUUCACUUGGAGUUGAAGGACUUGACACUGUUUGGUAGAAGGGGAAAUCUGCACUUUAUCCGUUUUCCGACCCAUGACCUACCAACAUUUAUUCAAAUGGCACGGGAUAAAAACUUCUCAACUCUCCAUACUGUUCUGUGUGCCACAGGAGGCGGGGCUUAUAAAUUUGAGGAAGAAUUCCGUACAAUUGGAAAUCUUCAGCUGCAUAAGGUGGACGAACUAGAUUCCCUUGUUAAAGGUUUGCUGUUUAUAGACUCUGUCAGUUUUAAUGGACAAGCUGAAUGCUAUUUUUUUGAAAAUGCUUCACAUCCUGAACAGUGCCAGAAGAUCCCAUUCAAUCUGGAUGACCCCUACCCUUUACUAGUUGUAAACAUUGGCUCUGGAGUUAGUAUUCUUGCAGUCCAUUCAAGGGACAACUAUAAGAGAGUCUGUGGAACAAGCCUUGGUGGUGGGACCUUCCUUGGUCUUUGCAGUUUACUGACUGGCUGUGAGAGUUUUGAAGAGGCUCUGGAAAUGGCAUCAUCUGGUGAUAGCACAAAAGCAGAUAAAUUAGUAAAAGAUAUAUAUGGAGGGGAUUAUGAACGGUUUGCACUUCCUGGCUGGGCCGUAGCAUCAAGUUUUGGCAACAUGAUCCACAAAGAUAAACAGGAAUCUGUUAGUAAAGAAGAUCUGGCUCGUGCUACAUUGGUAACGAUAACAAACAAUAUCGGAUCAAUAGCGAGGAUGUGUGCUGUCAAUGAGAAAAUAAACAGAGUGAUUUUUGUGGGCAAUUUUCUCCGUGUUAACACACUGUCUAUGAAGCUUCUUGCAUAUGCGUUGGACUAUUGGUCAAAUGGCCAACUCCAAGCCUUAUUUCUGGAGCACGAGGGUUAUUUUGGUGCGGUUGGUGCUCUAUUAGGAUUGCCCAAUUUUUCUUAAAAUUGCCAUAUAUUAUCAAGUCAAAGAAAUUAGAAAUUGUUUUUCUUUUUCAAGUUUUAAAUCCUGAGUAAUUUGUAUACAUCAAAGAAGAACUGUGGCUGAAAGUUGGUAGGCAUCUCAUUCUUGGCAGUGUUUUAAUAUGUUAAUAUCAUGAGAGAUCCACGAGAAAACCAUCAGCCUGCCAUCGAAUGGAACAUAUUCAGCGCUUGCCUCUCGGUAGCCAUUAUUUUUGUAUACAGAACCAGUAUUAUGGACAAGAAAAUCACAGGAGUGAACAUACUGUGCUGCAAUGACUUUAAACGUUCACUACGUUAUUGGCAGCUAAUGUCUUAACAUGGAUAUGCUCUGCAUCUAGUAUGUCUUGUAUCAAUGCCACUAAUUUAAGCUUGACCGAUCUUAACUGUGAUAAAGCUUACUAGAGUUCAUUUAGUCAUUCCUGCUUUGUUAUGAAGGGUCAGUUUACGGCUUUUCAUUUUAUUAAA